AAGCGGCGGCGGCGGCGGCGGUUGCACCACCUCGUUGCUGCCAGCAGCGGUCCAGGCGGCCCCCGCACCCCGGAUUCCGGCUUCGUCACCCCGCCGCGGGGGCCUUCCCUUUGGCCUCGAGAAUCUUUCCCCUUUAACCCGACAACCCCCCCCCCGCCCCCCGUCUCAGACGCCCAUUCACCGGGAAGGGUGGACCAUGUCCCAGCGAGUGAGGCGCAAUGGGUCCCCCACACCGGCCGGUUCCCUCGGGGGUGGUGCGGUCGCCACGGCCGGGGGAGCCGGGAGCCGCCUGCAGCCCAUGAGGGCGACGGUUCCGUUCCAGCUGAAGCAGCAGCAACAACAUGGCAGCCCCACGCGGAGCGGCGGCGGCAACAACAACGGCGGCUGCUGUGGUGGCGCCUCAGGCCCCUCUGGCGGCGGGGGCCCGCGCACAGCCUCGCGCAGCACAAGCCCCACUCGCGGCAGCGGGUGUGCGGCCGCGCGCACCAGCCCCACGGUGGCCACGCAGACGGGCGCGUCAGCGACUUCCACGCGAGGCACCAGCCCCACGCGCGGCGCCGCGCCCGGGGCUCGCGGGAGCCCCCCAAGGCCGCAGCCCCCGCCGCCCCUGUUGGGCACUGUGUCGUCGCCUUCCUCAUCGCCCACCCACCUGUGGACAGGCGAGGUGAGCGCAGCCCCACCACCAGCCCGCGUCCGCCACCGGAGGAGGUCCCCGGAGCAGGGCCGGUGCUCCCCUGAGAAGAGAAGCCCGAGCGCCCCCGUUUGCAAAGCAGGUGACAAAACACGACCACCUUCCUCAAGCCCCUCUACUAUUAUUCGCCGCACUUCCUCUCUGGAUACACUUGCUGCUCCAUACCUUGCAGGGCAGUGGCCUCGUGAUAGUCAUGGGCAAGUUGCUCCUUGCAUGAGAGACAAAUCUACACAGACAGAGAGUGCAUGGGCUGAAGAAUACUCUGAAAAGAAGAAAGGGUCUCACAAACGUUCAGCAUCCUGGGGCAGUACAGAUCAACUUAAGGAGAUUGCAAAAUUACGCCAGCAACUGCAGAGAAGUAAACACAGCAGUCGGCAUCACCGAGAUAAAGAAAGACAGUCUCCAUUUCAUGGCAACCAUUCUGCCAUUAACCAGUGUCAGGCUCCUGUUCAAAAGAGUACACUUAUUCCAGUAAUUCCCAUCACCAAAUCAACAGGCUCCCGGUUCCGGAACAGUGUGGAAGGAUUGAAUCAGGAGAUUGAAAUAAUAAUUAAAGAGACUGGGGAAAAGGAAGAACAACUUAUACCACAAGAUAUUCCAGAUGGCCAUCGUGCACCUCCCCCCCUUGUACAGAGAAGUAGCAGCACACGCAGCAUCGACACACAGACCCCCGGCGGGGCAGACAGGGGAAGCAACAACAGCAGCCGCUCUCAGUCUGUGUCCCCCACGUCAUUCCUCACCAUCUCCAAUGAAGGUAGCGAAGAGAGCCCUUGUUCAGCUGAUGACCUGCUUGUUGAUCCCAGAGAUAAAGAGAAUGGGAACAACUCUCCUUUGCCCAAAUAUGCAACCUCACCAAAACCUAACAACAGCUAUAUGUUCAAAAGGGAACCUCCGGAGGGCUGCGAAAGGGUCAAAGUCUUUGAGGAAUGCUCGCCAAAACAACUUCACGAAAUCCCAGCCUUUUACUGUCCUGACAAAAACAAGGUGAAUUUCAUUCCUAAGAGCGGCUCUGCUUUCUGCCUCGUCAGCAUCCUCAAGCCACUCCUUCCCACACCAGAUCUUACCCUCAAGGGCUCUGGCCACAGUCUGACAGUCACCACUGGUAUGACAACCACUCUGCUGCAGCCGAUUGCUGUGGCCUCCCUGUCUACAAACACGGAGCAAGACCGAGUCUCUCGAGGAACAAGUACAGUCAUGCCAUCGGCCUCUCUUCUCACACCACCAGAACCAAUUGAGGAAGCUGAAGGAUAGGUCCCAGUGCUGCGUAGCCGUUGUUCCCUCGGAUCUCUUGACUGUGAUGGCAUCAUGAGCUCCCUGUUGGCUAUGAUGUGCUCCACCUUUCCACAGUGACAUGUCACGGUACAGCUUCUGGAAGGAAGCAGCCCUCUGAUGGCUUUGCUCACUGUGAAGACCAGCCCUCAGUGCUUAGCCUGAUUUUCCUAAAGUGCUGGUUGAAACAAAAAGGUCUCAUUCUUUACUUUUGGAGGGCUGAUACCACAUUGUUUUUUGUUUUCAAAUUAAACUUCUCUAUAAACAAAAACAGGACAAAAAACUGACCCCUGCAAACAUGAUUCCUGGAGAUGUGAAUGAUGCUGCAAGAACCAUCUUUUAUAUGAAAAAUGACUAUUUUCUAAUACCAAUGUUACAUUUUCUGAAACGUAGCAAGCAGAUGUUCAAAAGAUUCUUUGGUGGCCUCUGUUUCUUGUUUCCUUUUCUAGAUGUGUGCUUUUCUCAGCUGUUUUCUGCUUUGGGACCAAAGGGAUUGUUGACAUUUUCCCAAUAAUCUUAAUCUCAUGACUAUGUUUUUCUCCCAAACAAGAAUUGAUAGGUAAAUACAUUGAACAAGUAUAUGUAAAAAGAAAUAAAAAGCAAUAUUAGUACAUUAUGUGAUUUAUGUUUUUUGAUGUCAGAAGUUUGUGCUUUGGGUGAAAUAUUUAUAAAACUGCUGUUUUCUUCACUAUUCCUGUACACAUUUCACCAUGUGGUCAGAAGAAUUGUAGUCUGGAUACGAAUGCUUAAUAUGUUCUCACCAUUAUUGGAAGUUGUUGGUUUAAAAGUCAGUGAGCCCAAAGGAAGCUACCCAGUGUUGACUGCUAGCUAGGAGUAAGGGUCCCCUUUGGUUUUCUGCGCAGUAUUUGUCACAUGGUCUCCCUUUACCACAGGUGUUAUUCUACCUUUAACCAUCACUGUAUCAUAGUCCCAAGAGAUCCUAAAAUGACUGUGCAUGGAUUUUCUCCUUUGCUUUUGUGAUGUUGUCUUGUGGAUUUGGUCAGGGUUAAUAGUUUGUCAGGAGUGUAUUCCAUUGAAUAGCAAUCCGUAGUCACAGAAUAUUGCGACUGACGUUUUCUUUACGGUAGUUGGCACUGAGAUAUUACCUACAGGUUUUGCUAGUUGUCCCUCCAACAUUCCACACAGUGGGGAAAGCAGGCAAAGGAGAGCUCCGAAGCAUAAACAACAGAGACCUUUGAAAAAUCCAUCCAGUUUUGGAUUUAGGCCCAUCCUAAUACAGCCACUCCUAAUACACAUGUCAGCAGUAUUUCAUGCCUGGUGUGUGGUAGUAAAAUCAAGGAGCAGCUCUUUUAAAAGGGGAGUUUCAGGAAACUGUUGAUUUAAAAAAUUCCUUCUAAGGUCUUCAUAUAUUACCUUUUGAUGCAAUAAUUUAAUGUUCUUAUACAUAUAAAAGGGAAAAAUUUUAAAUACUUGUAAAAGGGAUAUAGUUCAGAGGGUUACUAUGUCAGUUUAUCCAGCACAUACCCCAUCAGAGAAAACCUAGUGGUAGCAAUAAGUCUUCUGAAAGGAUUUCUUAUACUCAUGCACCUUUAAAACAUCUAAUAAUAAAAAAAUGUGCCCUGUUAAAGUUAAAAUGGAGAUGUAUUUAAGGAAGUUAGAUAAAUUCAAACAUAAAAGUCUUGUCAGGUUAGUUGGUGAGACUGAUGAAUUUUGGUAUCUUUUUGUUGGAAACUAAUUUCCUUGGAAUUAGUACAUUGUGGCUUCUAAAUCAGUGAAAGCCCAGUUAUUCAGAAUCUAAACUUUUUGGUUGGUUUAUUGAGAACCCUGAUUUUUUGCCUUUGAUUUUACCAUUUCACCACAGAGGACUGCUCUAUCAGAAGUACAUUAAAAAAAAAAACUGAAGUCAGAUGAGUUAAUUUGAAUGGUAGGGAGAAGUUAAAACAGGUUGCAAAAAAACCCUCAGUUUUGGAUUACCUGAGUUGUUAAAUCCAUGUUUCUUUGCUUCACACUUAACUUGCUUCUGUCUCCAUCCCUACAAGUUACAAGGGUAUGUUUUACACCUAAAAUGCCACUUGGUAAAGUUUUUCCUUUUACUCCGUUGUACAUGUUUGUCUAAUUCACAUUUUUCUGUAGAGUUUCAUAUAUCCUUAAACUAAAGUAAUUUAAAAUAGGAAUGGGAGAAUAAGUUUAAGAUUUAUUAUUCACAUAGUCUUAUAAAUGGAACUUGUGAUGUUGUAACUUGUUUGGUUGUAAGGAGAAUGUGAACUUGUAGGUAAAUGAAUUGUAUGGCAAGCAUUUAUACCCUGGGUUUGGGAGAAAUAGAGCCUCAGAUUUGAAGGAAAAAAAAAAAGGUACAAACAACUCUAACUGCCAGUGCCAAAGGGCUAAUAUUUAAACAUAGGAGCUUUAUUGCAGUCUUAAAAAAAUAUUAACCAUAGGUCCAUUCAGCUUUAUUUAACCCUUAGUUCACAGUUGAUUUUUUUUAAAUGGGUUUCCUUAGAAUGCAUAAUAAUUGUUUUCUAAAACUACAUUCCAUAAUUAUUAUUCUACAGAAAACUGUAUAGGAAGUAAAUAAAUUAGAAUAACUUCAAUGGGAGUAUAAUUGAAAUUUUUUAAAUUUUAAAUAAAUUUAUUUCCAUUGCAGUAAAAGAAAUAGGUGGCGACAUAUAUAUAUAUAUUUCAGCAGAAAGGAGCUCUUCUGUGGUUAUUUACUUUGUCAUUCUUAAGUUAUUUUUUUACCUUUAAUUUCUUGUGAUUAAAAUAUGUAAAUUUACUGUUUUUGAUCAUAACUAAGUCUAUUCUCAUAGUUUUUGUGAGCAAUUAUAUUUUUAAAAUACCUGUGCUGGGGUUGUUUUUUUUUUUUUUAGUUAUCAUUGUGAGCAUGGAUGCCAAAAUUAUUUUUUAUCUAGAUUCUUCAUUUUGUUUAAAAUAUUUCAUACACUUAUGACAAGCCAAGUUGGCCUUUUAGAAGGUGCUGUUGCUGCCUGUGGAAUAACUGGCAAUAAGAAAGCCUUUUUGUUUUUAAUGGUUAGCUUUUACUUGAAGAUAUAAAGAAAUGGCAGAAUUUAUAGCCUUGUGUAUGUCCAAGAUUAGGACUGGGAUGUCAAGAUUUUCUUUUGUUAAAGGAACUAAAAGAAAAAUUGCCACUACUGAAUUUAACUUGACCAUUCUAAACUUAAGAUUCAUUUCUCAAUGCUUGGAAUUUUGAUGUCUCAAAACUGGACCAGUGGAAGUGCUCGGUUUGCAUUAAGCUAAGAAUCCUUAGCUCCGCACUUUAAAGUUUAAGUUUUACUCUGCCUAAAUUAAUGAUAAGCAGAGUAGCCCUGAACAAUACUUUGUUUAUACAAUCCUGUUGAAGAAUAUAAUUUAUGUUUUUUUAAAGUCUGUAUUUUUCAUCUCUGUUGAAGCUGUAUAAAUCUUUUUUCUAAACGCAAUUUUUUAAAAUUUUGUUUUCUAACAAAAUUCUCCCCCAAACAGCAUUUCCAAUAUGAUAAAUAUUGUUACUAUGUACUUAUGUAUUCCCUGUAUCUGAACACUUGUUGCUGCCUCACAAGAAAAUAGAACUUUUAUGUUAAAAAUAAAGUCUGUUUACUUGA